AUGCCUGCUCGUACAGCGCCCCCACCCUCAACCGCAACGCGCAAAGCAUCGGGACAGUCGACCGCAUCUGGGAAACGUGCACCUUCUGCCACACCGUCUGUUGCCAUACCAGAAGAGCCUGCCGCCCCCUCCACUUCCCCGCAUCUGCGCGCGGAUGUCUGCGCCAUCUUUGCGGACGCCCAGCGCUCAACCACCGGCCAUCGAAAGCUCGUGGUGCGAUUGCGCAAGAUCCAGGAACACUGCUGUGGCAUAGCUUCGAAGAAGGCGAAAAAGGAUCCCAAGCAAGCCGACCAGCAGGAUGAGGAGGGCGGAGAUGUCCCGCCAAGCGAGGAAACCCUAGCAGAAAAAGAGUUCAAUGUGGAAAUCACCCGCUGCAUGCUUCGAGUGCUUCCUGUCAAGAAAACAGAACCGGUCGGUGAUCGCAUAAUUCGGUUUCUGGGACUGUUUCUAAGCCACGCCUCUGAGAAAGAUGCGGAAGUCUUUGCCCCCUCCGACGCCGAUGAGACGGAGAUAGAAACACCCACAAGCCGACUUACCUUCAACCUUGCCUCCACGAUAGUCCCGCUGCUGGCAGCGAAGGACAAGGUUGUGAGAUAUCGCGCAACUCAGAUCAUAUCCCAUAUCGUUAAUUCACUCGAUGCGAUUGACGAUGAAGUUUAUCGUAUGAUUCGACACGGCCUUCUUAGGCGAAUCCGGGAUAAAGAAGCCGCGGUUCGCGUACAGGCAGUGCUGGGUCUGUCUCGACUAGUCGGCAACGAGGGCGAUGACGAGGAUGACGAUGACGGGUCCACAGCACUGCUUGAAAAAUUGAUCGAUAUCCUCCAGAAUGAUGCAGCCGCUGAUGUCCGCAAGACUUUGCUACUGAACCUGCCACUGACUCCCGCUACUCUUCCCUAUCUCCUGGAACGAGCCCGGGACCUGGACGCUGCCACGCGCCGUGCGCUUUACUCACGCUUACUGCCUACCCUUGGAGAUUUCCGACAUCUCUCCCUAUCCAUGCGUGAGAAACUCCUACGAUGGGGCCUGCGCGAUCGAGAUGAAAAUGUGCGCAAAGCGACCGGCAAGCUAUUCUAUGAACGAUGGAUCGAAGACUGUGCCGGGAAUCACCCAGAAGAAGGAGGGCCGGUGAACCAACUCUCACCACCGAACAUGUCGGCGCUGUUGGAGUUGCUGGAGAGAAUUGAUGUCGUCAACUCCGGAAUGGAGGGUGGCGUUGCGCAUGAAGCAAUGCGAAGCUUCUGGGAGGGCCGUCCCGACUACCGAGAGGCAGUCGUGUUUGAUGAGAAAUUCUGGGAUGACCUCACCGCAGAAUCAGCCUUCUUGGCACGCAGCUUCAAUGAUUUCUGUCGGGUGGAGAACGAGGACAAGUAUGAGGACCUAGCGGACGAAAAGAUGCCCGAGGUCACGGCUCUCGCCCAUUUCUUAGGGAAAUACUCUUCGGCUCUCCUUGGGAAAUUGAAGCAGGCCAACCUGACUGGUGGAACGAAUGAAGGAGAUACAAUGGAAAUCGAAUUCGUGGUCGAACAACUUCUUCAUAUCGCCCUUACCCUAGACUACAGUGAUGAAGUCGGCCGACGGAAGAUGUUCUCCUUGUUGAGGGAGAAUUUGGCCGUGCCAGAACUGCCGGAAGAGUGUACCAAAUUAACGGUGGAAGUUCUACGUGUCGUUCUUGAAGCUGUUGCAGAAGUCCACGAUGCAAUUACUACUGAGGACAGCUUUGUCUCCGCAAAGUCUGAAAUCAGCGAUGACACCAGCUCCGUAUCCAGGAGCACUCGCUCUCGAUCUGAGACUCCAGGUACAGACGAGGAGGUUCCCUUUGACAAGGAGAAAGCCAAAGCCAAGAUCCUGCGAGAGAUAAUGAUCAAUAUGAAGUGUCUGCACAUUGCGCAGUGCAUGCUUCAAAAUGUCGAAACCAACCUGCAGCAGAACAUGCACUUGGUGACCAUGUUGAAUAACCUUGUUGUGCCCGCAGUCAGGAGCCACGAAGCUCCGAUCCGGGAGAGGGGAUUGGAAUGUUUGGGCUUGUGUUGCUUGCUUGACAAGACUCUUGCAGAAGAGAACAUGACUCUGUUCAUCCACUGCUUCAACAAAGGUCAUGAGGCACUGCAGGUGACGGCGUUGCAGAUUCUCGCAGACAUGCUGGCCACUCACCCCUCGCUGCUCGCUCCUGUCGCGCAACAGGACAGCGACACCGUGUCGCCUCCUGCGUUCCAGAAACCACUCUUGAAGGCUUUCGCCAAGGCCCUUAAAGCCAAUUCCCCUCCUAGCGUACAGGCGACAGCGGCAACGGCUCUUUCCAAGCUCCUGCUUACGAACGCACUCUCACCUUCGGGACCCAAUGUUCCCCCGGCGAUCAAGGAACUGAACGAGUCUUCCAUCGAAACUCUUCUGCAGUCUCUCAUUGUGUCAUACUUCCACCCCCGGACCCGCGAGAAUCCGGUCUUGAGGCAGGCUCUCACGUAUUUCUUCCCGGUGUAUUGCCAUUCGCGUCUCGCCAACACGCAGCGGAUGCGCAAAGUUGCCGUCCCGGUGGUCCGGGCCGUGCUGAAUGCGGCGGAAGAGUUCUUCUCCCUGGAAGCCGAGGAAGACAGUGAUGGCGACAUCGACGAAACCGCGAGCGAGCGAGAAGUGAAGGCUCUCAUGGCCGGCGUUAUCGGAAUGCUCGUGGAAUGGACUGAUGAGCGAAGGGUAGUCGGACUGGGUGGUGAGAAUGUCCUGGCAGGAGGGGCUGCCAGUUCCAGCGCCCAUGGCUACGUGCAUCUGGCCUUGGUCAAAGAUAUUCUGGAACGCGUCCUCGGGAUCAGCACCGGCCCGACGAAGUGCUCCAAGGAAGAGAAGAAGCUGCUCAUCUCCAUGUUAGGCAAGGUCUAUAUCUCCGCGCCUACUCCCCCUUCUAGAGCUGGGUCUCGAGCCCCUGAAGGUGAAGAUGUAUUCCGAUCUAGUGGACGAAGCAUGCGCGAGGAGAUCGAUCCUGCCAACAUAGAGCUGGCGGAAACAGUCAAGACGCUCCUCGACCAGGCCAUCGAAGAUGGAGUUGCCCCCGACGCGGCGGGCCGCAAUGCCCUCGUCAAGGUCAAGAACACCAUCCUCAAGCUUCUGGCCGCCGUUCAAACUCAGCCAUCCGACAACAAAGACGCUGGACGCAGAGAGCGGGCCGGUACGGAAGAGACCGAAUACACUUCGGCCGAAUCUCGAGCCUCACGAGAGCCGUCCGUUGUCGGCGGCCAUGGGACAGUCCAAGUGGUGAUCGACAACACCAUCGUCGAAGAGGACGAGGAGGAAGACGAGAAUGAUGAAAGCAAGGGGACGGUCAUCAAGACCGAAAGGGACAGUCAGGAACCUGAGUAA